AUGGAGCAAUUAUCAGAUGAAGAACUUGACCAUGGUGCGGAAGAAGAUAGUGAUAAGGAAGAUCAGGAUCUGGACAAGAUGUUUGGGGCCUGGCUGGGGGAACUGGACAAACUCACACAGAGUUUGGAUACAGACAAGCCUGUGGCACCAGUCAAGAGAUCACCUCUCCGUCAGGAAACCAAUCUUGCCAACUUUUCAUACCGCUUCUCCAUGUACAAUUUGAAUGAAGCCCUGAAUCAGGGGGAGACUGUGGAUCUAGAUGCCCUCAUGGCCGAUCUCUGUUCCAUAGAGCAGGAGCUCAGCAGCAUUGGGUCUCAUUCAGCAAACAAUGCUGCAGUGAAACGCCUUGCCACAGAAUCCAAACCUCAGAAACCACCUGCUAGCCGACCUUCUACUAAGCACAGCAGCAUGAAAGGAUUAUCCUCCUCAUCUGGUAAGGUGACUAAAUCAUCACAUGCCAACGUAUCUUUGGAUGACAUCACUGCACAGUUAGAGAAGGCCUCUUUGAGCAUGGAUGAGGCAGCCCAACAGUCUGUUGCAGAAGACACCAAACCAGUAGUUACUGCUCAGCACAGGAGGACAGCAUCUGCUGGCACAGUGAGUGAUGUGGAGGUUCGCUCAAUCAGUAACUCCUCCCGUUCCAGCAUAACAUCUGCAGCUUCCAGCAUGGACUCCUUGGAUAUCGAUAAAGUGAUGAGACCUCAGGAACUGGACUUGACUUCACAAGGGCAACCAAUCACUGAGGAGGAACAGGCUGCUAAACUCAAAGCUGAGAAGAUUAGGGUUGCAUUGGAGAAGAUUAAAGAGGCACAAGUGAAAAAGUUGGUGAUCAGAGUCCAUAUGUCUGAUGAUAGCUCAAAAACAAUGAUGGUGGAUGAGAGGCAGACAGUGAGACAAGUAUUGGACAAUCUGAUGGACAAAUCGCAUUGUGGUUACAGUUUAGACUGGUCAUUGGUGGAAACCAUCUCUGAAUUGCAGAUGGAAAGAAUCUUUGAAGAUCAUGAAAAUUUGGUUGAAAAUCUUCUGAACUGGACAAGAGAUAGUCAAAACAAACUAAUGUUUGUGGAACGUAUAGAGAAAUAUGCACUUUUCAAGAAUCCCCAGAACUAUCUUCUGGGGAAGAAAGAAACCUCUGAGAUGGCAGACAGAAAUAAAGAGGUGCUCCUAGAGGAAUGUUUCUGUGGAAGUUCUGUAACUGUGCCAGAGAUUGAGGGAGUUUUGUGGCUGAAAGAGGAUGGUAAGAAGUCUUGGAAGAAACGUUAUUUUCUUCUUCGAGCUUCUGGAAUCUACUAUGUCCCUAAAGGGAAGGCAAAGGUCUCGCGGGAUCUCGUGUGCUUUCUACAGCUAGAUCAUGUCAAUGUUUACUAUGGACAGGACUAUCGGAACAAAUACAAAGCACCCACAGACUAUUGUUUAGUGCUAAAGCAUCCUCAGAUCCAGAAGAAAUCCCAGUAUAUAAAGUAUCUUUGCUGUGAUGAUGUAAGAACUCUACACCAAUGGAUCAAUGGCAUCCGCAUUGCUAAGUAUGGGAAGCAACUCUACAUGAACUAUCAGGAAGCGUUGAAGAGAACGGAAUCGGCAUAUGACUGGACUUCCUUGUCUAGCUCCAGUAUCAAGUCAGGCUCCAGCUCAUCUAGUUUGCCAGAAUCUCAAUCAAAUCAUUCUAAUCAGUCUGACAGUGGAGUUUCUGACACCCAGCCAGCUGGACAUGUCCGUUCCCAAAGCAUUGUCAGCUCCAUGUUCUCCGAGGCCUGGAAACGAGGCACUCAACUGGAGGAAUCCAGCAAGUGUGCCCCCUCUGUGCCACAAUUCACACCGCCACCACCACCCCCCAAAAUCCAUCAGGUUCAACCAAAUACAAGCCAGGCCACUGCCACCUCCUCGUUGCCACCACCUCCUCCUCCUGUGCCUGCCCCACCACCACCUCAGGCACCCCCAAAGCCUGUCAUGGCAGCUCUCCCCCCACAGCCUGGUGGGAAGGCAGCAUCCUCAGGGGUCGCACAUGUCACUCCCCCCGUGCCAGCUCCCCAGCCCCUUGCUGUGAAGCCUCCUCCAUCCCCUCAGUCCCCAGUGCCGUCAGUGGUGAAGCAGAUAGUUAGCCAGUUCCCGCCUCCUCCCACCCCACCUGCCACCGAGCCCCAGCCACUGAAACCCCUUCCACUGAGCGUGGCUCCACAGUCACCUCCAGCAGUGAAGGCAAAGCCCAAAUGGCAGCCCGCUUCUGCUCCCUCACCAGAUUUCCCCCCUCCUCCACCAGAGAGCAGCUUAGUGUUUCCUCCUCCACCUCCUUCCCCAGCUUCCUCUGCAGGUUCUCCCCCCCCUGACAAAUCAGGGUCUCCAGUCAAAAAGACCAGCAAGAUAUCAAGCCCUGGAGGGAAGAAACCACCUCCAACGCCUCAGCGAAACUCCAGCAUCAAGUCCACCAGCUCCACUGAGUACCAUGAGUCCAAGAGACCUUCAGUGGACCGCCUUGUCAGCAAAUUUGCACACCCACCAGAGCCGUCGGGGUCUCCUUCCAAGGAGUCAUCGCCUCCUGCAGCCCCUCCAAAGCCAGGAAAGCUGAACCUUUCUGGGGUGAGCCUGCCCAUUGUCCUUCCGCAAGGAGGGAUCCCGGUCAAGGCUGCUGCUCCGGGUGUGUCUGGGAAGGAACCUGUGGUUGAAUUCCCUUCACCACCAUCCGAUUCAGACUUUCCACCACCACCACCUGAAAUAGAUCUUCCUCUCCCGCCAGUUGAGAUCCCAUCCAUGUUUUCAGGCAGCACUUCCCCCAAAGUUGCUGUUGUCAAUCCCCAGCCUCAGGCGUGGUCAAAACCAUCUGUGAAAAAAGCCCCACCACCCACACGUCCCAAGCGGAACGACAGCACUCGACUGACGCAGGUGGAGGUCACAGAGACACCGGGGUCAGCUGGCCCUCAAGUGCCCACUUCACCCAAAUCCAGCCUUAGCGUUCAGCCGGGAUUCCUGGCAGACCUCAACCGGACGCUGCAGCGGAAAUCCAUCACCCGGCAUGGCUCCCUCUCCUCCGCGCGGAUGUCCAGAACAGAGCCCACAGCCACCAUGGAUGACAUGGUCCUGCCUCCGCCUCCACCAGAGCUGCUGGCUGACCAGCAGAAGACGAGCAGCUUUGGGGGUAGUCAUAUAUCCGGCUAUGCAACGUUACGGAGGGGGCCACCCCCUGCUCCUCCCAAAAGGGAUCAGAACACCAAGCUGUCUCGGGACUGGUAG